AUGAUUAACGUGAAGGGCAUCAGCCGUAACAUGAAGAACGUGGUGAAGAACUACUCGGACGCGCAGGUGAAGGUGCGCGAGGCGACGUCGAACGACCCGUGGGGGCCGUCGAGCACUAUCAUGUCAGAGAUCGCUGACCUCACCUACAAUGUGGUGGCCUUUUCCGAGAUAAUGCAGAUGGUGUGGAAGCGGCUCAACGAUCACGGGAAGAAUUGGCGACACGUCUACAAAGCGCUCGUUCUGCUCGAGUAUCUCAUCAAAACCGGGUCCGAGAAAGUGGCCCAACAGUGCAGAGAGAAUAUAUUCGCCAUUCAAACCCUGAAGGACUUCCAGUACAUCGAAGAGAACAAAGACCAGGGAAUGAAUGUGAGGGAAAAGUCGAAACUAUUGGUCGCUCUUCUCAAAGAUGACGACAAACUGAAGAACGAGAGGACGCGAGCGCUCAAAGCGAAGGAACGGUUCGCGCAGUCCAUGUCUUAUAUGGGAAGCAGUGGUAAUCUCGGCGAAACGCUUCCCAAAUCGUCGUCCAGUUAUCACGAGUCGCUGUCGUCGUCGGGCGGCGACCAGUCAUUGGGCGCCACCGCCAGGAAUCCCAACUCAGAACUGGAGAACGCGAGACCGCAGACACUCGGCGAAGAGGAACUACAGCUUCAGUUGGCGUUAGCCAUGAGUAAGGAAGAGGCGGAACAGGAGGAAAGGGUGCGCAAGAAUGAUGACCUCAGACUACAGUUGGCGCUCACAGAGAGCGAGAAGAAUAAGGCGUUGCGAGCGAUGGAAGAGAAGCGGUCGGCCGUCGACGAGCUGUUGAGUCUGAAUAUAAUGCCUACUGUGCCCGCGUUGCCGACCGACCCCUGGGGACACCCCCUUAGCACUAAUAAAAUGAGUCCUGUGUUCGGCGGCAACGGUAUGAUAGCGUCGCCGCCACACGUCGACAAAGUAUCAAAAGAUCCGUGGAGUUCGGCGCCGCCUCAGGCGCUCAGCGCUCCGCUGGUCGAUAGUAAAGCCGGGGGCGACCCCUGGGCCACAACACCACUUAACCAAUCGCGGCCCAUGUCUGCACAGAACGACCCCUGGAGUACUAGUCUUACAAAUUCGCCCACAAAUAUGGAUCCCUGGGGUUCAGCCGUCAGUGAUAUGACGAGUCCGGUGUUUGAUUCGCGGCCAAUGAUCACCAGUGCGUCCAACGGUUCGCCCAUUAAUGACAUACGAAAAACGCCGGAAAACUUUUUGGGUCCGAACUCUAAUUUAGUGAAUUUAGACGCUCUCGUCAGCACCAAAACCACAUCAGCAGUGUUGCCAUUGGGUGGCAAUCCAUUCGCUCCAUCGACGGCCGCAUCACUAAUGGCUAAUCCAUUUCAAGCGGCGAAACCGCCGCCGCCGACCAUCAAUCAACUGAGAGCUCAAAACCAGUUCAGUGCUCCGUUCGACCCGAGCUCUCCAUUGAACACAAGCCUAAACCUAUCGCCACAACCAGUGAUUCAAUUAGCACCACAACAACAGACAAAUAAUAUUAAUUUAAAUCAAGGUUUGGCUUCAUUUCAAACCCAAUUUCCACAACAGACUCAGACUCACAAUCCAUUCGCGAUGUGAGCCCUAAACGCCGACUUUAAAUACCUAUUAAUUAAGGAAAUAUUUUAACAAAUAUAACAAAUAAAAGUGUAAAUAAAAACGCGCAAAACGGGGAGACUUUUUCCAGUAUUUCUCUUAAUAUAUAUUUCCUAUUUUAACUCCACUUCUAAUACUAUUGUAUCGGAAAUAUUGUAAUAAAAAGCAAAACAGAUAUAUCUAUCGUUACAAACUCCUAAUGGUAUGCGUUGUGUGUUUUGUGUAGAAAACAAGAUAUAGUGGUGGUGUGUGUCUGCAAAUCAUCGAAAACCAUACCAUAAAUAUAUUUUUGGACAAUUCUUAAGCAUUAACUAAUUAAAUAUUUAUAUAUUUAAUAUAUUUGUUUUAUUUGUCACACAUUUUCCGACAUGUCUUUUAAGACUCAAUUAUGUUAAACAAUAACAUUAUUAUUAUUAUUAAUAUUUCAAAAGUUAGUCUCGAGUUUCCAGAGAGAUAUGAAAAACACAUUUAUAUUUGAUUUUAUUUUGCAAAAAAAUCACAUUAUUUUAGAGCAAACUUUAAAUAUUAGAUUUUUCAUUAAUGAAUUGAUUAGAGAUGAUUAGAUUGCGAAACGAUUUUUCAAAACUGCUUAUUAUUUACAUUAAAAAGUAAUAAUUACAAUAAAAAAGUUUCAUUUUUAUUAUAAUUAUUAAAAGAAAAAUAAUUAAAGAGAAAAAGUAUUCAUUCGACUGACAAGAGAAGCGCAUUGUCUCUCGUUUUACUGAGAAAAAUAUUCAAAUGCUUUUAUAUAUAAUAAUAAUAAUAACCAUAAGUUUGUAAAACAAUUUAUUUAUAAUAUAUUCAAACAUAUACUUACAAACG